CGGUAUUCGGUUCUAUUUACGGUUUUUCCGUUUUAAACCAAACCAAAGUACCCAAACCAUUUGGUUUGAGCAAAUGUUUACCAAAUGUAAACCCAAACCAAACCAAAUCAAACCACCAAUUUUAAUAAUGUAUGAAAGUUUUUUUGAGUUUCUUUAGUUCGGUUCGGUUAUGUUCGGUUUUUAUCGGUUUCGGUUCGGUUCGGUUUAAUACGAUUUGAAAGAAAUAGUACCAAACUCAAACCAAAUUGCAUACGGUUCGGUUUAGUUCGGUUUGGUACGGUUCGAUUAAACCAAACCGUUAUGCCCACCCCUAAUUCCACCUAAAAACAUUCUCAAUUACCAUUUGUUUCUAUUUUUUCCACCACACUUUUACGACCAACUGACCAAGGGUCUUAUCCUAGACCAACAUCAAAUAUCUAACAGGGAUCAUCAUUUAAAACAAUGGAAUUUGUACCACAAUUUAAAUAUGGGAUAAUUUGCAACUCCUUUUCACAAUAAAAAUUGUGGUAAAAAUUGGGGACGGGUUGUGUAAAGGAGUUGCAAACAUGUUAGUUUAGUAAAUGGCAGAAACAAGAGGAGAUGACACGAUUGUAACAAAAAAAGUGAAUUUAUAUGAUUCAUGUUUUGUACUAUCGUAUUAUGUAAAGUGGUACGUAUUGCUAAAAAAACAAAAAGAAAACUCCAAUCAUAGUUUUUUUUGGCAAUGUUUUCUUGAGGGAUGGAGUGAGAAUUCUGUUAUUGGGAAAAUAGUAGCAUGCAUCUUUCGUGGAGUAGUUUCGUUUAUAUAAUUCCUACUAGCAAGUAACAACAUUUCUAGUUCCCAACGAUUUAAACUAACAAAUAAAUAUCUGCUUAACUUUUAGAUAUAGCUAUCUACCUAUCAAUGAUAAGAUUUAGAGACGAGAGGUUAUGAAUUAAUUAGAGGAUCGGAUUUGAUCAGAAGCGGCUGGCUAGCAAAAAGAGUUUGACAAUUUAGUGUCAAAUGGAUCGAGGUGGUCUGGAGAUGGAGAGGACAGGUUCACGUGACAAUGAUGAGGUUCCGAGAAACGUGGGGAGGAAGAGAAGAAAGUGGUGGGAUGAAUGGAAGAAGAUGUGGGAGAUAGCUGCGCCGGCCAUUCUCACAGCGGUGGCACAGUUCUCCUUUGGAUUUGUCACGGUGGCUUUUGUCGGCCAUCUCGGAGCUCUUGAACUCGCUGCCGUCUCCAUUGUUCAGAGUGUCAUCGAAGGCUUCGUGUAUGGUGUCAUGCUAGGAAUGGGAAGUGCACUAGAGACUCUGUGUGGGCAAGCAGUGGGUGCAGGGCAGUAUGAAAUGCUUGGAGUGUACAUGCAAAGAUCAUGCAUUAUCACUUUAUUCACAGCCUUACUGCUGACCCCUUUCUACGUCUUCACAUCCCCAUUACUAGAGCUUCUUCGCCAAAGCAGAGACAUUUCAGAGCUCGCCGGGAAAUAUGCAAAAUGGGUCAUUCCUCAACUGUUUGCUUACGCAUUAAACUUCCCAGUCCAAAAAUUCCUCCAAGCUCAGAGUAAAAUCUGGGUAAUCACAGUGAUAAACAUCCUCGUACUGGCAUUUCAUGUUGUCUUGAAUUGGGUGCUUGUAACAAAGCUUGGAAAGGGACUGUUUGGCGCCGCCAUGGCAGGAAAUAUAUCAUGGUGGAUUGCGGUUAUAGCUCAAAACAUAUAUGUUGUUUCUGGUUCCUUCCCCGAGGCAUGGACUGGGUUUUCAACGUCAGCUUUCAAAGCACUCUCUGGUUUUCUGAAGCUCUCACUUGCCUCAGCUGUGAUGCUAUGCUUAGAGUUGUGGUACUACACAGUGGUGAUCCUCAUGGUUGGCAGGUUGAAGAAUCCUGAAAUUGCAGUAGAUGCCAUAUCUAUCUGCAUGAAUCUGCAACUCUGGACGUUGAUGAUCACUUUAGGCUUCAAUGCAGCAAUCAGUGUGCGAGUCUCGAACGAACUUGGAGCAGGGCAUCCAAAAACUGCAAAAUUUGCAAUUGUGGUGGCCAUAGUCACAUCAGCAGUGUUUGGGGUUCUAUUUACAACUGCAGUGCUUGCAACGGAAAAUAACUUCCCAAGGCUAUUUUCUGAUAAACCCGAAGUCAUAAAAGAGACAUCCAAACUAGCACACUUCUUAGCAGUAACCAUCCUCCUCAACAGCAUCCAACCCGUGCUCCAUGGGGUUGCAGUUGGUGCAGGGUGGCAAUAUUCAGUUGCGAUUAUAAACAUAGGUUGCUAUUACAUAGUGGGUCUUCCUUUAGGAGGUUUGCUUGGCUACAAAGCAAAGCUUGGUGUGAAAGGAAUUUGGAUGGGAAUGUUAGCCGGUACAAUACUUCAAACUGUCAUUCUUGUACUGAAACUGUUACUGGCCAACUGGAAUAAAGAGGCAGUCCAAGCCGAAGAGCGUAUUAGAUCACAUGCCAAUGUAACUCUGCCAGAAAAUAGAGAACAAAUCUGAUUUUCAUCACAGAGCAGUCCAGUGAGAUCAAAUAUUGUUCAAUUGGUUAGAAAAUAAAAUAUACAUCAUAUACAGCAAGAAAUCUAUUGCAUUACAAUCAUUAUAAAAAUGUUGAGUUUUAGAACGAGACGUAAGGUCUAUGAGCUGGAAAUUUACCAAUCGAUUAAGGUUGUAAAUGUAUUCUGUAUUUUUAAGAGUUUAAAUCAAUACAAAGGCC